AAAAGCUGUUUUCAAAAUGUGUAACAAAAAAUGGUACGUUAUGUUGGUCACAAUAACAUUGGUGUUUAUGGUUGCAUGUGGUGGUGUUAAGGCAGCUGAGGAUCCUAAAUUAGCCCAAGAAUGUGCAUCCAAGCUGACUGAAGUGAUGACAUGUGUUUCGUUUGCUACGGGGAAAGAAGCGACACCAGAGAAAAAAUGUUGUGAUUCCAUUAAGGAAAUGAAAGAUAGUAACCCGGCUUGUUUGUGUUUUCUUAUACAACAGAUUCAUAAUGGCACCAACCCGAUGUUGCAAAAGAUGAAGAUUCAAGAAAGUAGGUUGCUUCUGCUGCCUUCAGCUUGUAAGAUUGUUAAUGCAAGUACCACCGAGUGCCCAAAGUUGUUGAAGUUACCACCAGGUUCUCCCGAUGCCGCCAUAUUCAUCAACAAUGCUACGAUCCUCCCUCCAACAAUCGGGGACCUUCCACCUUCGACGCCAACCAACACCCCCUCGUUGACGUCAGACGUGCUCAACUAUGACGCCCCCGGACUUGUAGCAUCUAUCUUGGUUCCUUUAGCAUUUCUGUUAGCGAUGUCUUCAACAAGUGUUUUUCGGGUCUAAAUAUUAGGACUAUGGGUUAUGUGUCACAAUGUUAUUACCUUGUGAAUGGUUUGUGGUUACUCCUUAAACUCGUUUAAUGUUUAUUUAUGCAUCGUUGAGACCAUCUUAAUUAUAAAAACUGUUUCGUAACUCUGUUAAAUUAUGUUGAUGGUUAAUUAGAUCAAGUU